AUGUGCAAACCCCUGUGUAGCAAACUGCUCCUCCUGGCUAUUUUUGUCCUGAUCCUGAACUUUAGCCAUGCAAUCAGAAAAAGUACCAUGAAUCGCAAGACUGUAUCCACACUGAACGAAGCAUUUGAUAUCUUCAGGAUUGUUUUCAAUGAGAAGAGCAAUGAUACAUAUCUCAGAAACUUACGGCAAAUAUCUAAAAUGAACAAAAUGAGUGCUGGAAAAACAUCAUACUAUAUAAAGAGUCCUGGAAAAGUCACAUGCAAUAAGUUCCUGUCUAAGUUGGCCAACUGUCCCUUCAAUGAACAGGUACAUCAGCAGAAGAUAUAA